UUGCAACAUACUUUACACGUAUCCAUUGCAGUACUGUGCCGUCUGCAUUUCAGAGCAAUUCCUUCAAAGCAACUUAUGUAAGCCUGUGAAAUUGAAAACAAUUUGAAUGGGGACUUCUGAAAUGAGGUAAGAUUGUGACAAUCUGUCAGUCUUCUGCAAGAGACAUUCCAAAGUAGAAAAAUAUGCAUUAUGAGAAUAAAUAAAAUUUUGCUGCUGAAUAUAGCCAGGGAUUGAUUUGUCACUAAAACCCUUUCUAUUGCUUUUUAAAAUUAUAUAAUACAGGGAGGAUUAAUUUUGCCAAUUGACCAGAAUAACUAUAAUUUGCCUUUGCAGCAGUUUUGAAUACGGAAAGUAAUCUUGUAUGUGUUUAUACUGUAUACUUUGCGGUGAUACUAUAUAUAUCGUUGAUCAUUAAUUUCAGCACAUAGCAUUUGUUCAUAGCAUUUGUUCUGCUUAGUUACUUGUUUUCACACUGUACUCACCUAGUUCUUACAAUGAAGCUUACGCUGAUUUUCCAGCCAGGAGGUCACAGAGCCUGAAACUCAUUAGGGCUAAGACUAAGAGGGCAGAGCAUGACCAAAGAAACCUAGCUAAUUUUCAUGCCUAAAGUGGGGGACUAAAACCAGGGUUUCCCACUCAUUUUACAGCUCAUUAAACUACUUCAGGUACUAAAGGCUUUGACCGAAUCAUAUUAAGCUGCAAUAGGCACAGUAGCUUAAAUUUGUAUCCAGAGGAGGUCACCAAUAAGGUUGCCAAAAGAAAUUCUGUGGAAACUCUAGAUGUCUGUAUGUGAACUGGUUCUCUACUUCUUUGCAAAUCAUUCACUUUUCAUAUCCUAGGAGAAGUCUGGUACUUUAAGCUACAUAUUCUUUUAGGGAUAAGUUUUGAAUCCAGACUUAAUUCUUAGGAGUGCUUGCUCAUAGUCGGAGAUACAAGCUAAGACAAAGGUAAGCAACCAAUUAUGAUCAUGACUCUUUCCCUUGAAGGUCUUAUACUCUCUAUCACACUUUUUAAUGGAUGGAUAAAUAAUUGAUAUUUUAAAUUGGUUUAUAAUAUUUUAUGACAAUUUUUCAAUACAAUAAAAGUAUAAAAAUUGAAGAAAAAAUGGAAAAAAGAAAAGAAAAAAGAAAGCAUAGAAUUAUGACUUCCACCUUUCUAUUAAGUAAUUGACUCUUACUCUUGCCCCUUCCUCUUUAGCCCUUUUUAAUCCCCAAAUCCAUAAAUCACCAGAUCAGACUUUUCUUCUUUCAGCAAAACUUCUAUAUAAAGUUUCCAAUCCUUUAAAAGUCUCUAUUGCAUUUUCCCUGAUCAAAUUGGUCAGUUUUGCCUUUCUGCAAGCUCCAUUCAUUUUAUAAUCCAAUCUUCUAGUCUGGGAAAUUUAUUAUUUUCCCAACUUUGUGUGUACAAUAAUUUUGCCACAGCUGCUACAGUACUGCUUUCUCAUAUUUCUUUUCUAGCUUAACAAAUAUUCUAAUUAAGAAAAUAAUUUCACACUAACUUACAACAAAAUCUCUGACAGCAUCCUUAUUUCUGUACCUUGCAUGGACAUAAUAAAAAUAGAGGGAAGGGUAUUCCAAUACGUGCCUUGCUUGGAAGCACCCACUGCUCAGAAAACAAACAAAGGCAAGAUGAUCGUAUUGGAAGUAUUUCAGAAAACGAGAAAAAGUAGAACCUUCUUUGUGUAUUGUGCCAGCCACAUGUGCCAGCCAUUUUAUGACUAGCUAUCCCACUCAUUCACCUCAUAUUUUCAAAUUUUCAAAUGGAUGUCCAGCACAGAAAAAAUGCUGACUUCGCUAAGAAAUAGAAAUUUCACUUCAUACCUAUGUUGUUACUUCUGCUAAAAAAAUGUUUAUUUUAAGCUAUUUCAUAUAUUUGUAGCUAUUUCAUAUAUUUGCCCAUCUGUGGAUAAGCCAAUCCUUAAAAUUUUAACCAAAAUGCCAUGAAAAUGUGCCAUCAUACCAUACAAAAAUAAGCCAUGGUGAAAAAAGUAGCCAUUGUUGGAGCCGGGGUGAGCGGACUGACCUCCAUUAAGUGCUGCCUGGAAGAGGGACUAGAGCCAACCUGUUUUGAGCAAAGUGAUGACAUAGGGGGAUUGUGGCGAUUCACAGACUAUGUUGAAGAUGGAAGACCCAGCAUGUACAGGUCAAUGGUUAGUAACAGCUCUAAGGAGAUGUCUGCCUUCACAGAUUUUCCAUAUCCAGAAAAUUUUCCAGCCUUUUUAUCCCAUCACCAACUCCUGGAAUAUCUGAGGAUGUAUACAAAACAUUUUGAUCUCCAGAAAUACAUUCAAUUAAAGACAAAAGUGAUCAGCAUAAAGAAGUGUCCUGAUUUCUCUAACACUGGCCAGUGGGGAGUUGUUAUAGAGGCCAAUGGAAAGCAGAGCUCAACCAUUUUUGAUGCUGUGAUGGUUUGUGUGGGCUACCUUACUGAGCCUUUAUUGCCACUCAAGAGUUACCCAGGCUUAGAAAAAUUUAAUGGUCAGUAUUUUCACAGCCGCAAAUACAAAACCCCAGAAGUAUUCAGAGAUAAAAAGGUACUUGUGAUUGGUAUGGGGAAUUCUGGAGUUGAUAUUGCUGUAGAAGCCACUCAAACAGCAAAAAAGGUGAUGAUCAGCACAGAAAGAGGUUCUUGGGUUAUAAGCCGUGUUUUUGAUAAUGGCUACCCCUGGGACAUGGUGUUUCAAAGUCGUUUUUUGAAUAUUAUCCGAAAUAGCCUUCCUGGGUGUAUCACAGUAUGGAUGAUUGCAAACAGAGUGAGCCAAUGGUUUAACCAUGCAAACUAUGGCUUAAUUCCCAAGGACAGACGUGUGAUGAGAGAACCUGUAUUAAAUGAUCUACUUCCUUCAUGCAUUAUCACUGGAAAGAUCUCUAUUAUGCCUGCAGUGAAAGAGUUCAAAGAGAAUGCUGUUGUAUUUGUAAAUGUUCCCACUGCAGAAGAAGUAGAUACUGUUGUCUUUGCCACUGGAUACAAAGCUUCUUUUCCCUUCAUUGAUGAAUCAAUCCUGAAGGUUGAAAACCGUCAUGCUUCCUUGUACAAAUACAUCUUCCUUCCUCAACUAGAGAAACCAACACUAGCCAUUAUAGGCUUCAUCAGGCCAUUUGGUGCAAUCAUGCCAGUUGUGGAAAUCCAAGCACGCUGGGUCACACGUGUCUUUAAUGGUUUGUGUAAAUUGCCUCCACCCAAAACCAUGAUGGAAGAAAUCAAUGAAAAGAAAAAUAACAAAGUUAACAGGUUUGGCUUGUCCUUUGAUGAAGUCCUGAAAACAGAUUGCCUUGUGUACUGUGAGGAACUUGGUUCCCUCAUUGGUAUAAAGCCUAGUGUGCCAGCUCUACUUCUCAAAGAUCCCAUACUAGCAAUGAAGAUUUUCUUUGGCCCCUGCUCUCCUUACCAGUAUCGUCUGACUGGACCAGGAAAGUGGGAUGGGGCCAGAAAUACCAUCCUGAACCAGUGGGAACGAGUCCUGAAGCCCACAAGAACCCGGGUUGUGGAAGAUUCCUUGAAUUGCUUCUCUUGCCUAUGGAAAGGGCUUGCUGUAUUUGUUAUCUUGGUUGGAAUUUACCUUAGUUUCAAUUAGUUUUUGCAGACCACUUUGGGACAGCCAAGGUGCAAUUUUCUCUUUUUAAAAAGGACGUGCUGCUCCACAUACCACUUCUCUAAAUGUUAUUGCAAAAUAUUAACUUUGAAUUUAGUACUUGACCAGAUAGCAGAUAGUAAUCAUAUUCAUUGUGUUUGAUUUUAGUUAAAAGUAGAUGUAAUGUUAACUUCACCCAGUUAACUAUUUUUUUGAAGGGCAGCCUUGAUAUGCCACCCAAAAGCCAUCAUCUAGUCUUCAGCUUUAGCCAUGACAUUUUCUUGAGAUUGUUAUAGUCAUUCAGGUAAUAUAAAAAUCCUGCUAGAAUAUAUAAAAGCUUCGACUAAUUGAUCAUUCUGUGGCUAGAAAAGUAGGACAUGAUUAAAGUUCCUGUU